CAUUAAACAUAUCUUAAACAAUACUACGAGUGUGACAUGGUCUUACAAUUUACUUCCACUUUCCUGGAAACCAAAUCAGGAAAAGGAAAAGGAAAAUUAAAACCUCCCGGUAACUUUCCCAAUAAAUCCUAAGCUUUCCCCAAUUUUUCCUUCGCAUUCUACGCUGGAAAAAAAAUGGAGAAUUCAACUCAAGAAUCCCAGCCGAGAUCCGCUAACUUCAUUACCUAUGAAUCAUCCUACCCUCUUUAUGCCAUGGCCUUAUCUUCCAUGCCUUCCGUCACGAAUCUCAACCACCAACGCCUCGCUCUCGGCAGUUUCAUGGAAGACUACAGUAACAGAGUCGACAUAAUUUCGUUCGACCCAGAAACCCUUUCCAUCAAAACCCACCCAACUCUUUCCUUCGACCAUCCUUACCCGCCGACGAAACUCAUGUUCCAACCCAACCUAAAAUCCCCUUCCUCCUCCGAUAUCCUCGCUUCAUCCGGCGACUACCUGCGUCUCUGGGAAGUUCGAGAAUCUUCCAUCAAUCCUCUCUCCGUUCUCAACAACAGCAAAACCAGCGAGUUUUGCGCCCCGUUAACUUCCUUCGAUUGGAACGAUCUUGAACCCAAGAGAAUUGGGACCUCCAGCAUUGACACCACAUGCACCAUUUGGGACAUCGAAAAAGGCGUUGUCGAAACCCAAUUGAUCGCUCACGAUAAAGAGGUUUACGACAUUGCUUGGUGUGAAGCUAGAGUUUUUGCUUCCGUUUCCGCUGAUGGAUCCGUUAGGAUUUUCGAUUUAAGAGACAAAGAACAUUCCAUGAUUAUUUAUGAAAGUCCCCAACCGGACACGCCUUUAUUAAGAUUAGCUUGGAACAAGCAAGAUUUGAGGUAUAUGGCUACGAUUCUAAUGGAUAGCAAUAAAGUUGUAAUUUUGGAUAUAAGGUCGCCCACAAUACCGGUGGCUGAGUUGGAGAGACAUCGAGCAAGUGUCAAUGCGAUUGCCUGGGCUCCUCAUAGUUCUAAGCAUAUUUGUUCUGCUGGGGAUGACACGCAGGCGCUUAUUUGGGAGUUGCCUACGGUGGUUGGACCUAAUGGUAUUGAUCCUUUGUCUGUGUACUUAGCUGGCUCCGAAAUUAAUCAGUUGCAGUGGUCUGCUGCUCUGCCUGAUUGGAUUGCCAUUGCUUUUUCUAACAAAAUGCAGCUUCUCAAAGUUUGACGUUCGAAACUGUAUUUCCCUGCUUGAAAUGUAUUGAAGUCUCUUUUUUUUUUUUUUGCAUAGAAUGCUUAAGCUUGCACUGCUCUAUGAGUUAAAUUGUAGAAUCAGUUUUAUUGAAGCCUGUUAAUUCUGUUUGUACUUUGUACUAUUGAUGAAGUCUAUGGUGAAAUAACUUUAAACUAUUAAGUUUUUGUCAAAGAGUAAACAAUGACUCCAAAAGUAUUUAAGUUUCAGUUGUCAAAGGCAUGAGGCAUCUUCCAUUACCAUGUUUAACUUUGGUUUGUUGAUGCUUGAUAUGCUUUACGUAGUACAAGUGAACACACCAAGGGUCGAGAUCUACUGCAGGGAUUUAAAUUGUAAUAACGGUUACGUUUUCGAUCGCAUCACGUUUGUCACGAUUGCGGAUAUAAUGAAAAUUUUCGC